CGUUGGCUGACUAGUUAUUAGUUGGUGAUCGCUUGGGGCAGCUUCCUUCCUUCCCUCCCAAAAUCCACCUCACAACCACACGAGACGAGAGCCAACCGCGACGCAUCGUCACAUCACAGAGGAGGCGGUGGCCAUGGAAGAGAGACCUCGCGAUCGCACCGUCGAGGAGGCCGCGGCGUUCUCCGGCGAUGAGUCCGAUGGGGAAUUCGAGUUCCCGUUCGUGAGCAGGGAGACGGACGCCGGGGGCGUGGCCGACGAGCUCUUCGCGGACGGCCGCAUCAGGGCGUUCUACCCGGUGUUUGGCCGCGUGCUCGACGACGUGGCGGUGACGCCUGCGGCGGCGGCGGCGGAGGAGCGGAGGCCGCCGCUCGGGAGGCUGUUCCUCGAGGAGGGGCGGACCUCGUCCGUCGGGUCGACGUCGUCGUCGUCGUCGUCCACGGACAUCGCCGAGCUGGACGGCGUGUCGCCCGACAGCUACUGCGUCUGGGUGCCCGGGUCGUCGCCGGCGUCCUCGCCGUCGCGCCCCCCGCGGAAGAGCGGGUCGACGGGGUCCAUCGCGCGGUGGCGCCGCAUCAGCGAGCUCGUCGUCGGCCGCAGCCACAGCGACGGCAAGGAGAAGUUCCGCUUCCUCUCCGCGCCGUCGUCCCCGGCCAGGGAUCACCCCAAACCGAAGCCCACGACGAAGGGCGGCGCCGCCGCCGCCACCAAGCUCCACACCGAGCUCGACACCAUCGCCGCCGGCCACCGGCUGUCCUACUCCCCCAACCACAAGGCGCACGGCGGCGCGACGCGGCGGACGUUCCUGCCGUACCGCCAGGAUCUCAUGGGCAUCUUCGCCAACGUGAACGGCCUCAGCCGGACUCACCACCGCCCCUUCUGAUCGCCGGACACAAGCCGUCACCGUCAGGGCGAAUGACCACUUCAACUCAAAAAAGUGAGAAAGAGAGAUUUCGAGUUUGAAUUCUCCGGGAUUUGAAGUUUCGAACCUUUGACUUGAAGCCUACUGCAAUUUGAAGUUUGUGUGAUUAGCGUAAUCUAUAGCUUUGCUAUUGCACGGGGGAUUAAUGAAGUCAAAAUUGGAGGCGUGAAGUCAGAACAGGCGAAAUGUGGGGGAUUCGCUGAGGAAUACAGCUCUGCAAGUCGGUUUAUUGCGAACGACAUGUGAAGUUGUGAACGUGGUAGGGAAUCACACACGGGGAAGUUGUGAGAGAAAAAAAAGAAGAGCUUCCAUGUGAUUAUUUGUACUUGUACAUAUGUGUAUGUGUAUUAUUGGAUAUGUAGAUUGACAGGAGUCGUUUUUUUCCCCCUUGUUUGCACAAUCUAACUACUGGAGUAGUUGUGUUGCUUUUUCUGCAUACUUUGUUUGCCCUAUAUUUCUUUCUCUGUUGGGUUUCCGACAAUGAUUGGGCGUGCGAUUAGAAUAA